AUGUAUUUCUUAAAGAAAUUUCGCCUGUCCUUGGCGCUUUUCUUUGUACAUCUGUGGAUGCUGACUUGGUCUCUUAAUCCUAAUGAGAAAAUUAUUGGUGGAAAAACAGCAGAACCGGGUCAGUUUCCGUUUAUAGUCUCUUUUCAGUUUUAUUCAAAUGGUUUUGAUCAUUAUAUUUGUGACGCUUGCAUUCUAAAUAAACAAUGGAUUUUAACUGCAGCUCAGUGCUUCUUAUUUAUACAAGUCGACGAAAUGUAUAUCGUAGCAGGUACUAAUCAACCAAAUAUUGAUGGUAUUAGAUAUAACGUUUCCAAGGUUAUUCAGUACCCAGAAUUUAAUAUUAGCAGCACUAAUUAUUGGCAUGACAUUGGUUUAGCAAAAAUUGAUGGUUGGACACUCACUAAAGAUGCUGAUCCAUUACCUUUGGAAUAUGCUGAAGUGACAGCUUUGUCUACCGAAGAUUGUUUAACAUUAGGAGAAGGCUCGGAAAUCAAUGACAGAAUACCACGUGGACCUGGACAAGUUUGUGCCUUUUCUCCAACCACUGGCGUAGGAGGAUGUUGUACUGGUGCCGGCGUUCCCUUAGUGUGUAACAACACUCUUGUAGGCUUAGACAGUUAUUCCCUUGACAAUCUAGGCUCGCAUGGAUACCCGGAUUUUUUAAAUCUUCACAAUUACGAAUUGGACUUUGGUAAACUUGUUCUUUUACAACCCCCCAGAGGAAGAAAUCUAAAGGUGUUAAGUCGGGACUCCGAGGGGCCAUGCAUUCACACUGCCUCUGCCAAUCCACUUAUUUGCAAACGUCUCAUCAAGAUAGUCCCUAACGACACUAUGAUAAUGAGGUCGUGCCCCGUCCUGCUGAAACCAUAG